CCCCUCUCUGAUGAAGGGUCUAGGCCCGAAACGUCAGCUUUUGUGCUCCUGAGAUGCUGCUUGGCCUGCUGUGUUCAUCGAGCCUCACACUUAUUAUCUUGGAUUCUCCAGCAUCUGCAGUUCCAUUAUCUCUGAUAUAGAACCCCUUCGGUUCUGCGAAAUAGUACCAUUGGAACAGGUACAAGAUUCGUUCGAUACCGUCAAAGGAUGUAGAAACACAACUGUGGAAUGAUAUUAGGAUUAAUUGCAAUCCGGAACAGUAUUUGUGUGUUCAAAGUGCAGGGGGUUGUGUUCGACGCCGCACAGGCUCCAGGUGGAAGUGACUGCGGAAAGAACAGUUAAAGUUUCCCGCCAAAUCGCGGGACGUUCGUGGCUCGCGGGCUAACACAAAGGGGAGUAAAUGGCGUACGAUCUGGAGGGUCCACGUACGAGGAUUAACACGAGCCUGGUCUCGCGGUUCACCGGGAGGGCCGUUUGCUUCGUUGGCAGAGUUCAGAAGGUUCAUCCCUCUGGGACCUCCUUUGUUCUGUCAGAUGGUGAUGGGAAGAAUGUAACAGUGGAAACGACUGAUCCUCUUGAUGAGGAGUUGAGUGGAGUCAUUGAAGUGGUUGGAAAAAUCACUCCAAAAGCCACCAUCCAGGCUGCAUAUUACGCUCCUUUCCGAGAGGACAAAAACAGUUUUGAUCUCCACCUUUACAAUGAAGCCCUGAAUAUCAUACAUGAGUUUCCACAGUACUAUCCAUUUGGUGUUACAGGAAGUGGUUGAUUUCCUUUUUUUAGUCUGCAAAGACAUUACCAUGUGGGAGAUAAGAUCUCAACUGUCCAAUUGAACAUCUGAUAUAACUUAUCAUUUUACUCCAGAUUUGUCAAUAUAGUAACCUAGGUCUCUGGAAUCUCUUAUGUUUGAAAUGAAAGAAAAGGUGUGAUGGAGUCACUUAUAGAAUACCGAAAAACUAAUUUUUCAAAGGUAUGCAUUUGUUGAAAGAUAAUUUUACAUGGAUUUUUAAAGUCAAGGGAGUUCAGCACUUCAGAAAUUGAUUUUUUUUCCCCCCAUAAGUAGAGCUUACAAAUCAUAGUACUUCACCCCCAGGAAAAGUGAGUAAAAUGUAAACAUUUAAGAUUCAUAAAUGAUGGUGAUCUAAAAUAUACUGGUUUACUAAUGGUUUGUUGUAGUCCAAUUUAAAACAAAAGCUUUUUGGAAAAAAGUUUUAUUGGUGACAUUUGGGUUAAAACAUUGUGACCAGAUUACUAUCAAUGAAUGUAUUCAUUUGUUUGAACAUCAGUAACGACUAACUUUUUUGGUAUUUCUGAAAUGCUGCUUUAUGAUUGUACAGUUUUCAGGGCAGGACAUAAAAUAAAGUCAAGUACUCUGUAUAA